AUACAAAGAUUAAAACAAUGACAUCUGACAUAAUUAGUAAGAAUAAACCACUUGAUGAACCAACCCACAUGUGACAAAUACCCUUUAUCGGGUGUUGUUCCUCUAUGAAAGAACUCUACGAAGGUCUUUUCUCUACGAAAGCUAAUGUAAAAAGAUGAGUUUUCAACUGAGACUUAAAAACUUCUAAGGAUGGAGCCUGGCGAAUAUGAAGUGGAAGACUAUUCCACAAUUUGGGAGCCACAACCAUAAAUGCUCUAUCACCUUUAGACUUUUUUUUAGAACGAGGAACCGACAGUAACAGUUUAUCUGCUGAUCUCAGUGUCCUAGCUGAUGUGUGGUACUCUAAAAGAUUAGUGAUAUAACUUGGGGACAUGUUAUGAAGUACUCUGUACUCAGUACUCUGAUGAUUAGUAAUGUUUAUAAGAGUUGUAACUAAUAUUCUAUUUUUAUUGAUGCAGAAUUAUCUGAUAAUCAAAAUUCUGUGAAAUACUUCUAAAGACUUUCAGAUUAACGCAAACAGUGAAAAUUGGAUGUGUCAGACUCAGUAUAUUAAAUCCAUGUAUUAGUAAAAGCAUAUAUCUCCUGCUGUGUCAUUAAUGUUUAUCAAACAACAAAAGACAAAGAGAAAAGCACUCACUGUUCUUUGACUGAAUCACAUUUGUGUCUUUAAUAAGUGCCAAUUGAUUGUUUCAGUAACCAUAUUUCAGUUUUUACCUUUGAUAGGGUGGGGACACAAUUGCAAUGCACACAGAGAUGUACAUACAAUGAAACAAUCGAUGUGUGAUGUUUAAAGAUAUUCCCCAUCACUGGAAUGUGUUGUGUCAGAAACACUGGCAAGUAACAGCAUGACUCCCAAACCCUACGACUGUGGCUGUUACAGUUUGAGAGGUGGAACAUAUUUAGUGCUCUCAAAUACAUGAACCAUAAAGAAUCCAGCGGUGCAGUCAGUUUCACUCUGGAGAUUUAUCAAGGUUCUGCUUAUAAUUUCUCUUUCUUACAUUGUGAAAUACCUCAAUGCAGAGUAGAGCUGUCAAACCCUGACCUCAUUGAGCCACACAAUCCACACAUGCCAAACAUUCAGACUCAAGGAGAUAACUUUAGUCCUUCAGUCAGCAUAAUUUAGUUUAUGUAUAUACACAAUAUACUGUUUGACUUCCUUUUUUUAAGGUUGAUAUUUAGUGUUAAAAAACACUCCAAACUGCACCUGUGCUUCAUCUUUCAUUACCAAAUUUUUUUGGAUGUGUUGUUUGUUUUUGUUUGUUUGUGUGUGUACUUAAAAUGGCUGUUUGUGUCAUGUGGUUCCCUGUGGGGGUUUAGAUUAUGGGGUCUUAUCAAUUUUGUGGCAACGCCCCCUGUGUGCCAGGACUAUAUAAGUGUGUGUCAGACAAGAAACAUUUUCUUCUGUGUUUGACACAACGCCUGGAAGAGGAAAAGAUGCCAGAAUUUGAGAAGAGCACAGUUCACAUCAGAGACCCUGAGAGGGUGGAGCAGAUUAUCUGCAGUCUCAUUAAAGGUGGAGCAUCGAAACUGCAGAUCAUCACAGAUUUUGAUAUGACGUUAAGCAAGUUUGCUGUCAAUGGAAAACGUUGCCCAACAUGUCAUAAUAUUAUUGACAACUGCAAGCUGGUGACAGAAGAAUGUAGAAAGAAGCUGCUUCAACUAAAGGAGACGUAUUAUCCAAUAGAGAUUGACCCACAUCUGACCAUGGAGGAGAAAUAUCCAUUUAUGGUGGAGUGGUAUUUUAAGUCUCACACGUUAUUGGUAGAACAGAGAUUGCAGAAGGGCAAACUUCCAGAGGUGGUGAGAGAGUCGGAUGUCUGUCUAAGGGAAGGGUACGAGCAGUUCUUUGACAGGCUGCACCAGCACAACGUUCCUAUGUUCAUUUUUUCCGCCGGCCUGGGAGAUGUGCUGGAGGAAAUUAUCAGACAAGCUGGCGUCUACCACACCAACGUCAAAGUUGUGUCCAACUUCAUGGACUUUGAUGAUAAUGGGGUUCUGAAAGGCUUUAAAGGAGAGCUGAUCCAUGUUUACAACAAGCAUGACGGUGCCCUGAGGAACACAGAGUAUUUCAAACAGCUGAAGGACAAUGGAAACAUUAUUCUGCUAGGAGACUCUCUCGGUGAUCUCACCAUGGCAGAUGGUGUGCCCAACAUAGAGAACAUGCUCAAAAUCGGCUUUCUUAAUGAUAAGGUAGAGGAUCAGUUAGAAAAGUAUAUGGACUCUUACGAUAUAGUUCUGGUGAGGGAUGAAACACUUGAAGUGCCUAAUUCCAUACUACAGAAGAUCUUAUAAUAGACACCGCAGAGCCACCGGCCCACAGCACAGCCUGCGAGGAAAAGACUCAAAUUCCAGGAUGUUCAGAGUCACCUGGAUAAUUCCAGCACUGAGGCCAGCCUUCAUCUGUCGACAUGCCUCACAUGUUCACAGGCCAUACACACUUCACCCUUUGACCUUUUUAAAGUUGUAUCCUCUCAUCAUAAUGAACUAUUUUAAUAAACACAUACACCUGGGAUCUCGGUGUAAAUUAAUAUCAAAAGAAAAAUACAUAAUUUGCAUAUUGGUUAAAUUAUUGUUUGUAGUACUUUUUGAUAUGGAAAUAUGUGUGUUCAGUGUUUGCAAUAAAAGUUGGGACUGUGAAGAGUACAAAGCCCAACUGACAUAUCACAUUCAUCAUCAUUCUUAAAAUGAUGUGCACUUUGUAAAGUCUGAAGAACUGUCAAAGUUCUCAUGGAAAUUUGUAUUUCAUGCAGGCUGCAUGCACUGAUCAACAUUAAAGCAAUACUGUAACUUGCUUCAAAAGCCAUGAUGUUUCAUGUAUUGUGUGCUUUGUCCUGUGAGAAUGUUUUAGCAUAAAUUAACAACCUUUUGAUGUUAACGUUUGCACAACCUCUUGAUUACCUGAGGUAGGCAAUAAAGUUUUUUUCUCUGGA